AUGCAUUUCUGUCUUAAUUGCCUGCAGGGGUUUCAAACGAUAGAAUCUCGGGAUAACCACUGUACCUACUGCAAAGACAACGAAGCGGUAAAAAUUACGACGCGCAGCGAGAAGGACGAAUGGUUAUAUUACCAAGAUGGUCAACAACAAUUCAAAGUACCAUUUGUAAUUUAUGCGGACUUUGAAUCCCUACUGAUCCCGAUGAAGGAGAAUGCUCGGGAUACUAAGACCAAGACGUUGAAUAAGCAUGUGCCAUGCGGUUGGUGUACAUAUUCCACCUUUGCUUAUGGAGAAGUGCCGGAUCCUCUAACAGUAUACAGGGAGGAGGACUGUGUACCCCGCUUUGUCAACCACCUGGAGGAUGAGGUAAAAAGGCUAUACCCUCUAUUUCCUCAGAAGCCUAUGCUGCCAUUGACUGAUGAGCAGAAGAAUGCAUAUGAUGCUGCUGAAACAUGUCACAUUUGCAUGAAGUCGUUCAGCGAUGAAAAUCGCAAGGUUAGGGAUCAUUGUCAUUACACAGGGUUAUACAGGGGUCCAGCCCAUAACACAUGUAACCUCAAGUAUAGGAUAACCAAUCACGUACCCGUGAUAUUUCACAAUUUAAGUGGCUAUGACGCCCACUUGUUCAUACGUGAUAUAGGUGAAAAAUAUGAUACUCAGGAUAUAGGUUCUAUCGCUGAAAAAACCGAGAAUUACAUCAGUUUUAAUGUGAAGAUCAAAGUACCCAUUGCAGGCAUGGGGUAUGGCGAAACGUAUAAAAAGAUUGAAAUACGAUUCAUCGAUAGUUGUCGCUCCAUGUCCUCUUCACUAGAAAAAUUGGCAAGCAACCUCGAUGAUGAACAUUGCAAAAAUCUCCGUUGGUAUUUCACCGAGGAUGACACCUUUAAGCUCAUGCGAAGGAAGGGUGUAUAUUCCUAUGAGUAUAUGGAUGGCUGGCGACGAUUCGAGGAGACUGAUCUACCUCCAAAGGAUGCUUUCUAUAGCAAGUUAAACAUGAAUGAGAUUAGCGAUAAAGAAUACGAGCACGCUCAAAAAGUGUGGAAUGUCAUCAAUACAAAAGAUGAUGAAACUACCAUGGGGACUAUCAUGAUGCGAGUGUGCCAUGCUAACUAUGGGCUUGAUCCCGCCCAUUUUUAUUCCGCACCCGGCUUAGCAUGGAAAGCAGCGCUCAAGUACACGGGUGUAAAGCUGGAGCUGCUAACGGAUCCUGACAUGCUGCUCCUCAUAGAACGAGGAGUACGAGGGGGUAUUACACAGUCUGUACACCGGUACGCAAGGGCGAACAACAAAUAUAUGGGGGACCAAUACGACCCGGAGGUUGAGUCAAGUUACCUUCAGUAUCUCGAUGCAAACAAUCUCUGUGGCUGGGCGAUGCAACAGCCUCUACCCACUCAUGGAUUCAAAUGGGUAUCAAAUGUAAAGGUAAUCGAUGAAAAGAAGAUCGAUAAGCUGGUAUCUGACAAUAAGCACGGCUAUAUCUUGGAAGUUGACGUCGACUACCCGAAGGAGCUUCACGAUAAGCAUAACGAGCUACCCUUCUUGCCGCAGCGUAAGGUGGUAUACAGGGUUGAAAAAUUGAUCCCUAAUCUCGAACAUAAGCGGAAGUACAUGGUGCACAUCGGAGCUUUACAUCAAGCCCCGAAAAACGGGCUCGAGCCUAAAAAGGUUCACUGCGCUAUUCAGUUUCAACAUAGUGCCUGGCUCCGGGACUGUAUCUAUCACAACACGAAGCUGAGAACUGCCGCUAAAAAUGAUUUUGAGAAGGACUUUUACAAGUUGAUGAACCUCUCAGUCUUUGGGAAAACUACGGAGAAUAUACGGAAUCACCGCAACAUCAAGUUGGUGACAAAUGAAACCGCAUAUACAAAACCCACUAUGCAACCAAACUUUAUAAGCGGCACAUGCUUCAGUAAGAAUCUCAUGGGUGUUGAAAUGGGUAGAACAGGAAUUAAAAUGAAUAAGCCGAUCUAUAUAGAGGAUUUCUAUCGGGAUAUUGCCGAUGAUGUUGAAAUACGCUUCGAUACUAGUGCCUAUAGCAAAGAUGACAACAGACCCCUGCCCGUCGGGAAGAACAAGAAGGUAGUAGGCUUGAUGAAAGAUGAGCUAGGCGGUAAGGUCAUGACUUCAUUCAUCACAUUGAGACCGAAGGCUUAUGCAUACAGGAGUCUCACAAAAGACGGCGGCGAUUGUAAGGCCAAGGGUGUAAAGAGGGCCGUAACAAAAAAAUGUAUCAAUUUUGAAGAUUACGAGCAAUAUCUGAAUGAAGGCAUUGAUGUAAACAAGAGUUGGCGUUGUAUUCAGAACAAGGGCCAUAAUAUAUACACGCAGGAAGUAACAAAGAUCGCGUUAAAUAGAACUGAUGACAAAAGGAUAGUUCAGGCGGAUCAAAUCACCACACUGGCUAGGGGACAUUACCGGUUGAAAGAGAAAUAA